GGUUGAGUGAAGAAUCCAUUAAUCCAAACCAAAUCAAUCUAUGCAUGAUAGCUACGCAAAGUAUCGAUGCUGUAAUAGAGUUUUUUUUCUUUUUUGGUUUCCUAUUCGGGGUCUGGUACCUGCUUUGGGACCCAACUAAUUCAGAUUUGUGCCGAAAAGUCCGAUUUUUGGGGUAAAAUAUUGCCUACUAAAGGUGAUUUUAUACCCAAAGCUCGCACUCAAAAUCUCUAACUAAAAAUGAAGAAGUAUUUAUUACUCCACCACAAUCUUAUAAUAGAAUCACUUGGGGAACACUUUAUUGUUUCGUUAAAGUCCACAGGAAAACGUUAUUUGAUAAAUGCCACUAAAAAUUAAGUAGGGAGUAUAUACACCAAGUGACAAUUAAAAUAAGAGAGAUUCUAUCAAACAUUUACAAUGUAUUCCAAGUAUUACUUUUUAUUAUUCUGAGAAUUGCUAUGACUGAUAAACUAAUUUAUAAAUGAUCAUAUUCACUUAACUUGCUUGAAAGAGAAUAAAAGAAGAAAAAUAUGAAACUUUGCAGGUCAUAUGAUGUUAUUAUCUAUAUAAUUUUGUAUAUACCUGCUGGCUCCAAAUUAUUACUUAUUUAAUUUUACAAAUAAUUGAACAUGAAAAUUAAAGGAAGAUUCUUUGCCUAGGUAAAACGCAUUCCAAUUUGUAUUUUACUCUCAAAGAGGUAACCUUUUCCAAUCAAAAGUUUUUUUUUUUUUUUAUAUAGUAUUGAUGAUCUCCUCUUUAUUGGUAUUAUUAUACUAAUAUUAUCGGUCCACCAAAAGUCACGGGUGGAUUAUAGAUACAAGAAAAGGCAUUUUAAAGGAAAAUGAAAGAAAUCCCAAUGAUGUCAAGAAAAUAGGAGACCAAAAUGGGACUACAAUAUGCCUAAUAAUCGUCAAAAUAGCACGGCGGCCUAGUCAGUUUUUAGACUGACAAUUGAAAAAUAGUCAGCAUUUCAAAGUCAUUAAAAAAUAGUCAUUAUAUGCCAGCAUAAUAUGCUAGAUUAUGAAACUCUUGCGUAUAAACUUCCAGCAUAUUAUGCUGGAAUCUCACGUGUAAAAGAAAAUCAAUAAUCACCACGCAAGAACCCCACACGUUGUGUAAAGUGCUUCCACCAAAAAGAAGUAAUAAAAAUUAAAGAAAAUCAACAAAUUAGUAUGCAGGAACCCCACACGUUGUGAGAAAUAUAAUCAUAUGGUACUUUCUGUACUUUUAAGGUUUCCGUUAAAGAUUUAAUUUAUAUACACCAGCAUCAUUUAAAAAAAUUACACUAUCAUAAAAUUUUGAAUUGCUAUAGUCGAUAAAUUAGUUGAUUUCUGUCUUACUAAAUUAGGAUUAUUAUCAGUUAAGAAUUCGCCCCUCUACCCUUCUCUAUUUUUCCAUUUAAGCACAACUCUCCAUCUCUAUCACCUUAAUAUUCCUCUUUCAUUUUCUUUUUCCUCUACCCCCAUUGAACUUCAAGAACUCAUAAAGCAAAAGAAAGAUGUCGACAUUACUAAGCAUUCUUUUCUUAGCAAUUCUCUUCAUUAUUGGCCUUAUAACAACGAUUUUAAAUUUCCCAAAAGAAAAAUUCAAAACAUGGCUUCAAUCAAUUUCUCAAAAAUCUCCACCUCUCCAUGAGAAGAGCAUAAGUACAACAUGUUCAACCUCAAGAACUAUGGAUGAAAAGAAGGUGAAAAACAGCAGCAUCAAAAGCACAAGCUCUAACAAUUACAACAAGCUUGAAUUGAGAAGUAUUUUUGCAACUUUUGACAAGAACAAUGAUGGUUAUAUAACCAAGCAAGAAUUGAAGUUAUCUCUAAAGAAUAUUGGGAUUUUCAUGGAAGAUAAAGAUAUCGUUGAUAUGGUUGAUAAAGUUGAUUCCAACAAAGAUGGUUUAAUUGAUCUUGAUGAGUUCUAUCAACUUUGCCACACUUUCUUAGGGAUAGAAGCAGUGAAUGAAGGAGAAAUGAAUGAAGAAGAAGAAUCAAACAGAGAGAAAGAUCUUAAAGAUGCUUUUGAUGUAUUUGAUUAUGAUAAAGAUGGAUUAAUAUCAGCAGAAGAAUUGAGUAAGAUUCUUUCAUCUUUAGGGUUGAGACAAGGGAAGAAGUUGGAUUAUUGUAAGGAGAUGAUAAGGAAAGUUGAUGUGGAUGGAGAUGGAAUGGUGAAUUUUGAUGAGUUUAAAAAGAUGAUCAAAGGUUGUGGAACUCUUGUUCCAAUUUCUUAAGCAAUAAUGCAAAAUUAAUCUUCCUUUUCUAUAUCUUCUCAAGGCUUUUCAAGAAACCAAUAUUGAAGAAUGACCUUUGUUGCAAAAGCUAUACAAAUCUCUAGUAGUCUCCAUUAUGGUUUGGUUAGAAAACCAAAGAUAUUUGUGUGCAUGAUAGACAUAUUUAGUUUCUCUUAAAACUAUUUCAAAUUAAGCUGCUUCUGUUAGCAAUUAUAUA